AUGAAGUUAAAAACGCGAAUCUGUAAAAAGAAUUCCCUAAACGCACAGGAACUGCGAGGCAACUCAGCACUUCAAAAAACCGGCGCGGAGGACCCACAAAGCCAACAGCCGACAAAUUAUCCACUCAGCUGUGUCGAUUGGAGCAGCAAUGAGGACAUUUACUUUGUUAGCGACGAUCAUCAGAUUUAUAAAUGGAGCGACGUGAGCCGAGACUCUGUGGAGGUGGCCAAGCUGCCCGAUGACUUUAUACCCACAGAUCUGGAUUGGCUGCUCCUGGGCGGUCGCAGCAGCGGCGGCGGUAAGGGCAGCGACUCUCUGCUCAUCUGCAGCAACGAUGGCCGCUUCGUCAUCCUCAACAAGAGUGCGCGGGUGGAGCGCAGCAUUGCGGCCCACACGGCGGCCAUCAGCUCGGGUCGUUGGAGUCCCGACGGUGCUGGUCUCCUCACCGCCGGCGAGGAUGGUGUGGUCAAGAUAUGGUCCCGAUCGGGCAUGCUACGCUCCACUGUCAUACAGAGCGACGAGCCCAUUCGCUGUGCGCGCUGGGCGCCAAACUCCACGUCUAUUCUGUUCAGCCAGGGCAGCUACAUAAACGUAAAGCCGCUGGCUGCCAACAGCAAGCUCCUGAGGUGGCGUGCCCAUGAUGGUCUGGUACUUUCUCUCAGCUGGUCGAUGCAGUCGAACAUCAUAGCCUCGGGCGGUGAGGACUUCCGCUUCAAGAUCUGGGAUACCCAAGGCGCCAAUUUGUAUAGCAGUGCGGCCGAGGAAUAUGCCAUCAAUAGUGUCGCUUUUAAUCCGGAUAAGGAUUUCCUCCUCGUCGGCACUUUCAACAUGCUCAGGCUGUGCUCUAGUUCUGGAUGGUCCUAUAGCAGCACUCGCUUUGCGGCACCGAGCGUUGGCUCCUUUUAUACACUGUCCUGGUCUGCGGACGGCACUCAAGUGGCCUGCGGCACGUCCACUGGUCAGCUUAUUGUUGGCUAUGUGGUCGAACAGCAGCUAAUCUCUCGAAAUCUGAAAGCGACCACGACAAGUCGGAAGUCCAUUGCCCUGCAGGACUUGACGAACGGCACACACGACGUCCUGGACUUUCCACAGCGUGUGAUCAACUUUGGACUGGGCUAUGGGCAUCUGGUGGUGGCCACCACCCACCAACUGCACAUCUACAACGAGAAGUACAUUAAUACGCCCAUCAUUAUUGAUGGGAGGAGUGAUGUGCGAGUCAUUCAAGUCUGCAAGAAAUAUUUUCUGGUUUUGGACAACACCUCCAUUUGGGUCUACACCUACACGGGUCGCCUGCAUUUGAACCCCCGCUAUCCCGGCUCCCAGGCACAAAUACCACUCCUCAAUUGGCGUUGUCUAUCGCUGGGUCUGGACGUUCUAGCCAUACGCGAUAACUCGGACACGACUAUUUUGCAUUUGUUCGAUCUAAUACCAGGGGCCUCGCGACAAUACGAGCCACACUCGCUGCGCGCCAAGCAACAAUUAUCGGAGAUAGCCACCUGCAGGGCUGGCACUGUCGACGAUCAGUUCGUGGUCUUCAUCGACACCAAUCGGGAGCUGUACAUCACAGAGGCGCGAAACUUGAAUGGCACUACCGAGCGGGCGGGCAAUGGAGCGACGAGUUCCCCCGGCGAGAUAUACAAGAUUGGCACGCAGGUAAUCGCGGUGAAGUGGGCCAGUGAGACGAACAUAUUGGUGGGUGUGCACGAUUCCUGCUACAGCAUUUGGUACUGCCCAGGGGAGGGUGCCGCCGACCCCACCAUCAUAGCCCUAACCACAGUCACAAUCGAUACGGCCGAGUUUGGCAAACACAUAGCCAUCGAAAGCUUCGAAGACGCCAUUGUCAGCUUCCGCUGCGCCGGCGCCUUGCUGCCCGUCAAUGUGAAUAUCUACUGUGAGGUGCUGCACCGCACACUGAUGGACGGGCAGUGGCAACAGGCGCUGAAAAUCUGUCGGAUGGCGCAGGCGGCUUGCCUCUGGGCCACUCUGGCGGCCGUAACCACCCGCAAGAAUCAGCUGCAGUUGAGCGAAGAGGCGUACUCGGCCGCCCUGCAAAUAGACAAGGUCAGCUACUUGCAGUAUAUGAAGACUUUGACGCCGGCCAGUGCCGAGCAGAUGGCUGAGAAUUCGCUGAUGCUGGGUAGAUUGGUGGAGGCGGAGACCAUACUCCUACAUAAUCGCAAAUUUAGCCAAGCUGUGGCAUUAUCUCUGCGCAUGCACAACUGGCGCCGAGCUUUGGAGAUCGCGCAGAAGCAUCAGGCAGAGGAGCAGGAAUUGCUGGAAACGGUGCUGAAGGAGCGCAGCAAAUAUUUGAAGGCUCUGCAGCGCAAAGAAUGGGAUGAGUUGUACCUUACUUUUGCUCCCAAGGAGAAGGAUGACAGCUCAAGUGACUAA